AUGAACACAGAAGAAAAAAUUAAUACAUCAAAUGAUGCUGAAGAUGAUAAUAAUGAAUGUGUUAAAUUAAAAAAGAAAAUAGAAAACGAAAAAUAUGAUAUAAAUAAUUUGAAAGAUGAUGAUGUUUACUUAUCAGCUGACAGCUCAAAUUCUUAUAGAUAUGAUAAUCACGCCAAUAAAAAAAGUAUUAAAGAAAAUAUAAAUGAAAUAAGCACAAAUAGGUCUCAAUCAAAAAAAGAAAAAGAUAGUAAUGAAGAUAUGUAUAAUGAUAAGAAGCGUAAUAAUUAUAGAAGCUCGUCUGGGAGUAAAGAAAAAGGUGACAAAUAUUGCAAAAAAGAUAAAUAUGAUAAGAAUGGUAAAUAUGAUAAGCAUGAUAAAUGUGAUAAGCAUAAUAAAUAUGAUAAGCAUGAUAAAUGUGAUAAACAUAAUAAAUAUGAUAAGCAUAAUAAAUAUGAUAAGCAUGAUAAAUAUGAUAAGCACGAUAAAUAUGAUAAGCACGAUAAAUAUAAGCAUGAUAAAUAUGAUAAACAUAAUAAAUAUGAUAAACAUAAUAAAUAUGAUAAACAUAAUAAAUAUGAUAAGCAUGAUAAAUAUGGUAAGCAUGAUAAAUAUGGUAAGCAUGAUAAAUAUGAUAAGCAUGAUAAAUAUGAUAAACAAAUGGAUAAAAUUUAUAUUCUUAAGAAAUCAAGUGAACAUACAAGAACUAGUAAAGAUAAUUCAUAUUACGAUAGUAAGAGAAAAUAUAGAAACAUAACAAGUGAAGAUGAAGAAAUGAAACAUCAUAAAACUGUGGAUCACAAUGCUAGAAAAAAAAGUAAAUCAUCCAAAAUAUUAGUAGAUAAAUAUUCUUCAGAUGUAGAAAAUAAGAAAAAAGGUGUAGAAGAAAAAUAUAAAGAUAAGAAUAAAAAUACCUAUCAGACAACUAAAAAAAAUGAUAAUAAUAAUAUAAAUGAAAAGGAAUAUGAUAAAAAUAGACCUUCUAUUUCUCAUCAUCACAAUAAGGAUAAAUAUAACAAAUAUGAUAAAUAUGGGAAACAAAAUCAUAAUAUUAGGUAUAAUGAACAAGAUAUUAAAAGAAAAUCAACAAAACAUUAUGAGAAGGAAAACAUUAAUAGUACACACAAAGGAAAAAACAAAAAUGAAAAAGAUGAAGAACAAUCUGAAGAAGAAAAAGAAAAAAAAAAGGUUCAAAAAAAAGAAACACAAAAUUUUAAUCCUUCUGGUUUAUUAGCUCAAGAAAAGAUUUAUAAAAAUGGAAUUGAAAUGAAAUAUACAGAAAGCAUAGAUGCUGAAAAGCCGGAUAAGAAAUGGAGACUUUAUAUGUUCAAGGAUUCUAAUAACAACGAGCCUCAAAAAAUAUUACACAUACAUGACAAGUCUUAUUACUUAAUCGGAAAAGAACAGCUAGCUGUAGAUAUUCAACUGAAUAAUAUUAGUAUAUCUAAGCAACAUGCUGUCAUUCAAUUUAAAAAACACGAAAGUAAAAUUUUACCAUUUCUUCUUGAUCUUAAUAGUACCAAUGGUACUUACAUAAAUAAUGAAAAAAUUCAACCAAAUAAAUAUUACGAACUGAGAGAAACUGAUAUAAUCAGGUUUGGAAGUUCCAACCGCGAGUUUGUUUUACUACACGAUACUUGCCAAGCUGAUUAA